AGCGGUCAACAUUACCGUGAACGUCGACGACUUGGUUCCGUUCUUUACAAGCUUAGCAUACCGUCAGGACUCUGCCAGCCCUUUUCUCUCAAUUUUUAACUCAUCGGAGACUGAUCAUGGAUAGUUCCCAGUGGAAGGAUAAUUUCGGACAUGUUUCACCACACAGCUGCGAGCAUUGCAAAGAUAUCAUAUUCACUUUUGGGGAACUAACUUCUUUCUCGCUUAAAGAAGUAGAACGAGCAGACAAGGCCGGAUGUGAAUUCUUCCGUUUGACUUACCAAAAGUACACGGCUACGAACAUCACUACAGUACCUAGCGACCCGAAGCUAAUCAUAAGUUGUGUUGAAAGGGGAGGGGGUCUUGAUAUCCGCUGGGUAGAUGGUGCAACCCCAUUGUUCGACUCGGUUGAGGAAUCAACGUGUCCACUUUCAAUGUUUACUCUUGCGGGCAGCCCUGCUUUUAUCGACAUUGAGACCCGACCGCUGAACUUGAAUCCCGGAUCUGAGGAACAAAUUCGUCAGAUACGACAUCGCUUUCGUCGAUGUCGCCAAGAACACAAGAAAUGUAUGGAAUUGUGCAAGACACAACGCCAGGAACUUCCUGCUCGCCUGAUCGAGGUGGGAGCUUUGGAUAGUAAGGACAUUCGCGUAUUAGAAACUCGGUCGAUAGAUCAGGUCGCCUACGCCAUUCUCAGCUAUUGCUGGGGAGGUGACCAGGAGUCCAAAACUAUUGAUGCGCGACUUGAACGUAGACGCAAUGGGUUUCCACUUGACGAACUUCCGCAAACUAUCAAAGAUGCAGUCUUCUUAACCAGGAAACUCCGGCUAAAAUAUCUUUGGGUUGACGCAAUCUGCAUUGUACAGGAUAACAAGAAGGACAUAGACAAAGAAAUUAGAAAGAUGGAUCAGAUCUACCGGGGAGCUUUGAUUACCUUUGCGGCAGCAAGAGCAACAGAAGUGUCUGAGGGAUUUUUGGGCCAUCGGGAGCCAACCCACUGCUACGGGACGGUAUGCCAGAUACAGUACCGUCAAAGUUCGGGAGAUCCCGCGAUUGUUCGAUCGAGUCUCGUUUCAGCGAAACCUCUGCAUAUUACAUACGAGGACCCAAUUGAUCUAAGAGCAUGGACCUUCCAGGAGCAUUACCAAUCUCUCCGUACUGUUCGUUUUGGAAGCAAGCAGACGGUGUGGGAGUGUCCGGCAAGUCGUUGGGUCGACGGAGGCAUUAACUAUACGUAUGAAGCUUCAAGCGAUCGUCGGUUCAGCGGCAAAAUAGUCGAUUCACCCUAUCCUUUUCGAUUGGAUGAUGCGUCUCACAAACACGAUUUGGAUUCAGCCCUCGGUGAUUGGCAAAGCAAAGUAGAGGAGUAUUCAGGGCGCAAACUAAAGAACCCUGAGGACAGACUUCCUGCCUUUGCAGCUAUAGCAAAAGCCUUUGGUGCCUUUUUAGGGCUAAAGCCUGACCAGUACCUUGCCGGUCUCUGGUUGUUUGAUCUUAGCAUGCAGUUGCGAUGGCGGCGACCAGAUUGUGAAUUAGAGAAGGAAUGGGCUUCUGCAGGGUCUGGACCAUCGUGGUCAUGGGCCUCAUUGACUGGUCCCGUGAUCUUUGAUCAUCCUCGACUAUCACAUGGAACGAACACGUUAAGGAUUGACGAUUGGAAAAUGGAACCGAAGUUAGAAGGUUUCGAAUAUGGCGAAGUAUUGCGGGGACGGCUGACAGUCUCUGGAAACUUGUGUAUGUCAAUUCGCCAAGGACUAGAUUUCAUUGGGUGGCACCCUUGCGUACUGGAACCUUGUUUGCUUCCCUUAGUCGCACAUUGGGACUGUCAAGAUGAACAACCAUUCGAAGUAUAGUGCUUGGAGAUCAACGCUAGUGCUUCACGGGAAACAAAAAGUUCGUCAGGCCUAACCAAUAUGAGGCGACGGAUUAUGCACAAUCCGCGCUCGAUUAGGUAUCGCGUUAGGGUUCGCUAACCAAGAAAGGAAAUCUAGAGGGCAUAAUCCGUGCGCAUAAUCCGCGGGCUUUACUAGUAUCGCAACGUGCUGCAACUUACCCAAAAGAUGCAAGACAACGCUCCAAAUCUAUUCCAUCUU